AAAUCCUCAUUUCAUAUCACAAAAUGAAUAAUUCAAAUUUCUACUCAUGAAUUCGAGAUUUCAAUUCUUAAUUAUUCGAUUCAUUAAUCAUGAAACAGACGUCAUUAACCAUGAAACACACAUCUGGCCCAAACCGCUGUUAAAAGAAAUGGUCUCAGCUCACCCUUACACUCCCUGUGCCUCUCCUCCCACCUUAAUGGUAUAUAUAUAAACAUGCACACACAAUUACAAAUACAGUAUCCAUCAUCUUCACACCACACUAGAAUUUUAUAUCAAACAUUCAAACUCCAACUCUCCCCCAUACAUAAGCCUCUGCUCCCCCGCCCUCUCAAAUAUCAAUUACCUCCAUGGCUCAGUCCAAAGCCCUUCUGAAAGCACUUAUUUUUCUCAUCUCCAUAUGCUUCUCCUCAGCUAAAUCAAACUAUAAUCCAAACACUCACAACCCAUCUUCCUUACAUAACAAAUCUCUAUCUCUCUCCUUCUCUCUAUCAUCUCUCCCUCUCUCUCCUCACUCUACUCUCAGAGCUUCACUCAUCAAAUCAUCUUCCUCACAAAGACCCAAAACACAAAUCUCUCCAAACUCAUACCUAAACUAUGAUGUCAGAUCGUCUUUCAAGUAUUCAAUGGCUCUGAUUGUUUCUCUUCCAAUAGGGACCCCACCACAAACUCAAAACAUGGUUCUUGACACAGGAAGUCAGUUGUCAUGGAUUCAGUGUAAUAAAAAACCUGAUCCGACGUCGUUUGAUCCUGCGCUCUCAUCAACUUUCUCCAUUCUCCCUUGCAAUCACCCUAUUUGUAAACCCGCUAUUCCCGAUUAUACCCUUCCCACCUCAUGCGACCAAAAUAGACACUGCCACUAUUCAUACUUCUAUGCUGAUGGGACCUACGCCGAGGGCAAUUUAGUCAAGGAAAAACUAACAUUUUCGCCUUCCCAAAGUACCCCUCCUCUGAUCCUCGGUUGCGCUGCCAAGUCAGCCGAGGCCGAGGGCAUUUUAGGAAUGAACCUCGGGAGAUUCUCGUUUCCUUCCCAAGCGAAAUUAAAUAAAUUUUCUUACUGUGUCCCCACACGUCAGCGACUCGCGAAAACUUCGCCGACAGGCUCUUUUUACCUCGGCCAGAAUCCGAACUCAAACACAUUCGCUUACGUCAACAUCUUGACUUUCCCAAAAAGUCAACGCAUGCCGAAUCUCGACCCGUCAGCCUACACGCUCCCCAUGGUCGGAAUACGAAUGGGCGGGAGAAAACUCAACAUAUCAGCGGCCGUUUUCCGGCCAAACCUCGGUGGCUCCGGCCAGACGAUGAUCGACUCCGGCACGGAGUACACCUACCUAGUCGACGAAGCAUACACAAAAAUAAGAGAAGAGGUCUUAAGACUAGUGGGCCCCAAAAUGCGUAAAAAUUACGUCUACGAAAACACACUCGAAAUGUGUUUCAACGGCGGAGAUUCGAUCAUGAUCGGACGGCUACUAGGCGACAUGGUAUUCGAAUUCGAGAAAGGCGCAGAGGUUCUGAUCGAGAAGAGUAGAAUUUUAGACGACGUGGGAAGCGGGGUCCACUGUCUAGGGAUCGGACGGUCAGAAACGCUUGGCAUCCCAAGUAAUAUAAUAGGGAAUUUCCAUCAACAAAAUCUAUGGGUGGAGUUUGAUGUGAGCAACAGAAGAGUUGGAUUCGGUAGGGCUGAUUGUAGCAGAUCAUGAGUAUAUAGUAAAAAAAGUGAAAUAGUAGUGGCUUAGGUGUAUGCAUGCAUGUGUGCAUGUCUAUAAUAGAGUAUAUACUUGUCAUGUAAAGUGAAGAAAAAGAAAAUAUAGAUUUUAGUCUUGUUUCACGGGUAUAUGCAGAGGAUGGAGAGGGACGAGAGUGGGGGUAUAAAAUGUAGAGGAGAGUUUAUACGUGUUAGGAUGAAAAUGAAAGUGUGUGAGUGGGUCUCGAGAUAAGAGUGAGAUGUGUACACUUGUUGGUCUAUAAUACAAUCUUGUCAUCGCUUGUAA